GGGGCCGCGCGACAGUCGCGCUUGGCGGCACCGUGGCAACCGCGGUAGACGGACACCCUGAGGGAAUACGACCCGGGGCUGGGGCCAGAAACGCUUUACGGCACAGCCGGGCAACGAAGCACCUCCGGCUAAGGAACUAAGGACUACAACGGUGGGAACAGAAAGGACGACGGGGUCGGGGCGGGCUGCUUUACGGCAAGACGCGAUGACCGAGUGGCUCUGAGAGGAGUGAAGACUUGGGGAGGGCGCUUUUGCGACAGUGAAAGGAGGCUACGCCUGUCGCAGGCAUCUUUACGACGGAGGCGAUGCUGGCGCCCAGAUUCAGCUUUGCGACGACCGCGCUGCCGGCCCCACCCCCUGAGGGAGGCAACACCUCCAAGUAUUCGCUUUACGGCAGCAGAGGGCCGAUUCGCUGCGCGUUACUUCCUGCGAGGCGCAAUGAGCCGGGUCUAGGGGAGCCAGAAAAGCGGUAGCUUUAUAAAUGAAAGUGUCUGCCCUCCACGUCAACGAGACCGGAAAUGCGUUACGACAGCGUCGCAAUCCCUCGCUCCUCUCCUGAGGGGCAGAGAGCCGACUGUUUAGGGAAGAACAAAAAAAUUCCUGUAUAUUUCAAGUCAAGUCUAGCUUGAUCUCCAGCCACAGAAGCGCCCAGUUUCAAGCAACGGCACCGAUGGUCCCAAAAGAUUCCCUCAGAACUAUUAUGCCCCCGGCGCAACUCCUGUCCUCGCGCCGUUGGCCGACUGUGAUGUCACAAUCGAGGCCUCUCGCCCCCAGCCAGAAGAAAGGCUCAGCGCUGGGAUGAGAUGAAUAUCUUGGCCACCUACCACCCUACCGACAAGGACUACGGCUUUAUGAAGGUGGACGAGCCCAGCACUCCCUACCACAGAGAGGACAGUAAUGAGGACCUGGCUGCAGGGUCCUCCCCCAAGGUAUCUCCCGAAUUGCUGCAGGAGAGGUUUGCAACAAUGGACAAUUUCCUCCCCAAGGUCCUCCAGUAUGGUGAUAACAGAAGCUCAGAGCCUGCAGACAGCUUUGCCAAGACGUGUAAGAUCCAGGGCCAGGGACUGGGUGGGAAGGGCAGGCAGGAUGCGCCUUCCACCAGAGAGGGCCUGGUGGGACAGCCAAGCUCACGCCGACCCAUAGACUCCAGCGAUUUUGGCAAGCAGCGCAAGACACACUACGACGAAGGGAAGUUUUUCAAGCCUCAAAAAACCGUGGUCUUGGAGGACAAGGAUGGCCGUGGACGUGGUGCCAAUAUCAGCAGUGGCGGUCAACAUGUACUGCGGGACCCAGAGCCCAGGCCUGUGGAGAGAGACUGGGAAGGAGCACUGGGCAGCGGAGUCAAAAAUUACGCUUCCUGUGGCAAUCGGUCUGUCCCGGCCUCUGGCCCCGUCACCAUGGAGCAGGGCAUGGGUCCAAGACGCAAGGAGUAUUUCAGCAAAGGAAGAUACUUGAGGUCGGACUCCCAUCCAGAGCUGGACACAGAGGACACGCGGCAGGACAGCUCCACGGGCUUGACCUGGGUGAUGGAGAGUCCCUUAAGCACUGAGGUCCGUUGCCUGGAUCCCAAAAGAGGCUCUUUGAGGGAUCACAACAAGCCCAGUGAGGACUCCCUGACAAUGACAUCAUCACAGCCUGGAACCACUGUGUCCUCCCAGGACAGUGGGUCUCAAGUGUCCAGCUGGUAUCAGCGGCCCGCGGCCAAGGAGCUGGACCCUCAAGGCCCAGGGAGCUCAAAGAAAGAACACAGAAGCAAACCAAAUGCCCCAGGCCAGAGCGGGCACAAAUAUGAAGCCUUACACGUUCACUGGACUCAGGAAGACCAGAUCUGACCAUGGAAAGUACAGCCAUCUGGGGGUGGGGUGAGGACCACCUUCC